GUCAAUGCGAAGGGGUACAGAUUAGUCGAGGUCAUUUGUACAUGUAGGUAAAGUAAAGUGACUAUGUAAUAGUUCGGGUGGCUGUUUGAUUACUGUAUGUGUUGCAGAGUUAUAUAUCGCUAAUGGAAUUGGCUGCCAGGGUGAUGAAGCUGAAGAUAAAGCUCCAAGAGCCAGCGAAGAGGAGAGACUUUAUACAAAACACUUGUCUUCAGGGGGUGCGUCACAAGAGAGAUGGGGUGACAUGGACUCCCGUGACUACAUCCGCAUGCGGUAUGAGAAGAGGCUGGAGGACAGGUCUGGAGGACAAGAUCAGCCAAUCGGCAACUUUGAGAAGUUCUAAGGGCGUUGGUCGCCAGGUGAUGGAGAAGCAGGGCUGGAAGGAGGGAAAGGGCCUGGGUAACAGUCGGGCAGGGAUUCCAGAAGCCCUGGAGAAUAAAGGAUAGCAUCCCAAAUGCAAGAGGGGCUUUGGAUACCAUGGAGAGAAGCUGAGCUCCUACUUUGUGAAAAGGCCAAACCAGACUUGUGCAUAUCCACGGUGUAUGAUAAACCCAAAGACAUAGACCAAGGAGAUCCCUUAUUGAGACGUCAUCACAAAAAGAGCAUGAAGUACAGAGGCUGGCAGCCAGGUGGCAGCAUUGGGCCAAAAAGAUGACAACACUAUUUACAUGUUGAUACAAUUUUUCUUAUUGCUAUUGAUACCUUUUUUCCCAUUAGAAUUCAUGCUUUGUUUAUAUUAAAGCAUUUAUCAUACAAGGAAUUUGUUUAAAUUAUUUUAUCUCCUAAAUGAAUUACACAUUUAUAAAUUUGACCAUAGUAUGAUUGAACCAGAAGUAAUUAUUUUAGCCAGUAGUAGUUGGCUAGACCUGCCUUCCGCCUGCAAGAAUAAGGCCUCAGUGAUUUUCCUUCAAAAUAAAGUCCCGCAAUGAUG